AUGGUGGACGCCGCCUGUGCGGCGUUUGUGGCCGUUGAUAAGGUGAUAUUCCACGCCUACGGCGCCGUGGCUGUCGCCUUUGCCACCUGGGGGCUCAUCGAGCUCAAAGCUCUCGCCGUGAAGUCCUGGGUCACCAGCAGCGCCCACGCGGUGACGCGGAGCGACGAGGAGGAGGAGGACAAAUUCCUCAGCAGGGCGGAGGAGGCGCGGGCGCGGCGGGAGAUGCAGAAGGCUGUGCUGCCCCUGAGCACUCUCUUCGACUGGGUAAUCAUCGCAGCGGGUGCCACCCUGGUGCUGCACCUGCUGGGGGUCAACGUGGUGCCCCUGCUGACAGUGGGCAGCGCCUCCACCCUCAUCCUGGGCCUGGCUUCCCAGCAGCUGCUGUCCAACGCCGUCACCGGCGUAUCGAUCUUUUUUUCCAACACGUUUGCCCCGGGUGACAGCGUGACCCUAAUGAUGGCCAACAAGAACGAGGUGUCAGGGACGGUCCUGCAGGUCACCCCCAUGCGCACGAUCCUGCGUGACGAGGACGGCGUCGUCAUCAGCCUGCCAAACAAGAGCGUGACAGACAUGGUGAUUUUCAACAAGUCGCGCGUCGUCGCCUCGCUGCCCAGCCAGCUGGGCACGAUCCUCCGCCAGCCCCUGCGCCUGCGCCUGCGCCUGGGGGGCGGCCAGUCUGUGGCCAGCCUGUCGGAUCUGCGGGAAGAGGCGCUCUCGCGGCUGGCGGCGGCCGAGCGGGCGGGGGUGAUGGAGGCGGGGACGGGAAAGGUGGCGUUUGGGCGGCUGACAGAGGCAGGGGUGGAGCUGCUGCUUUCGGCGGGCACGGAGGCGAUUGCCAAUGCAUACGGCGCUGCAUGA